UUAAAACGGUAACAUCGAUCUAGUAUAAUUGAUAGUGUUAAGUAGCAAAAUAAAAAAAUGAUUAAGUUAAUUUUGUGUCUAACUGCUGCCAUAAAAUUGGCAAGUGCUCAAUAUAAUGGAAUUAUUUGGGAUGCAGAGCCUCAAUAUCAACCGCAAUAUAGUCAACAAGUCAUACCACAAGUUCAAAGUGAUAAAAAUAGAGAAGCAGCAGAGGAGCCAAUUGUAGGCUCACCACUUUUGCCAAUUCUUCCAUUAGGACUUGGCAGAAUUGGAGGUCUUGGAGGGCUUGGAGGGCUUCCUGGACUUCGUUUCAGUAACUUAAAUGCUGGACAUUUCGGUGGUUUAAUGUAUGGAAAUUCAUUGUUGGGUGCACCAAAUCCAAUGGCUGAUGAACAAGCUGAAGCUCAAUAUGCUGAUCCACAAGUUGCUAGUCAAUACCAAGCAGCUGAAUAUCAAGUUGAUCCACAAAUUUCAGCACAAGCUGAUACUGCCAGUUAUGGACAUGGUGGAAAAUGGUGGUGGAAAAAAUGGGCAAAUGAUGAUCAAUCCGGUUCAGUUGUUGGUGCUUCUCCUUGCUCAUGUGCUCAAAGCUACCAGAAUUAUCAAGUUGCAUCCCCACAAAGCUACGAAUUUGCCUCACCACAAAGCUAUUCAGGAUAUGAAGCAGCACCACAAAACUACGAAGUCGCAGCAAGACAAAGUUAUGAAGUUGCAGCUCCACAAAAUUAUCAGCCAUAUCAACAACAAAUCUAUUCAGCAUAUCAGUCACCAUUGCCACAAAUUAUUACAGAUUAUCAACCAAGUCCUGCUCAAGGAUACCGCGCACAAUAUGAUCAUCAGCAAAUACAGCCACAACCAGCUGGACCAAUUGUACAGCCAGCUGGAACUUAUGAAUCAUCUGAAAAAUCAGCAUCAGAAGCAAACGCUGAUGAGAGAAGUUGGGAUUGGAGUUGGAAAGACGAUAAGAAGGCAGGAAAGUUUGAUAAAUUCCAUUCCAAAAAGGAUAAAUUCAACAAAGGAGGUCACGCACACAUCCAUGUUCAUCCAGAGCCACAUUAUCAUCAGCCUUCAUAUCAUCAACCCACUUAUUAUCAUCAACCACAAUAUCAUGCAUACACAAAGCCAGUUUACACAAAACCUGCUCCAGCUGCAGCACAGCCAGUUCAGUACAAUAAUUAUUACAAUGGUUAUCGUGCAAGAAAUAUGGAAGCUGAAAAGCCUUUGGAUUCUGAAGUGAAAACUGAGGUAGGUCAAUCUCAAGAUUUAAAGAUCACAACAACUGAAGCCUCAUCAAAUAAGACGACGACCUCAGCAUCUUGCUACUCUCCAAACGAACUGACCACAAAAACACAAUCAACGACAUCGACUGACGAAAGAAGCGCAAAUGUAGUUUCAACGACCACAGAAAAAUCCAAGAAAAAAUCCAAAAAAUCAAGCAGACGACGACGUGAAGUUCCAAGUCCAUCGACAAAUAGUAAAAGAUGUAUCACAUUCACAGAUCCAAUCUUCUUAGGUCUUCCUUUAUCUGGUUCACCUUUUUCUGGCAUUCCUCUUCUUGGAGCUCCAAAUCCUAAUGCUGCUGCUGAUGACUCAACACAAGACUUAGUCAGCAAUCCAUCAGAGAACUGUGAAAGGUAUGAAACUGUUAAAAAAGGUCUUUUUCCAACCCAGAUUCAUAUGGAUAAUGUUCCACAAGAUACAAUCCUUCAAUUUCAAGCAAUUCCUCCGGUUAGUGGAAUUAAAUCACUUUUUGAUAAAAUUUCAUUGCCUUUAAAGUCCGAUAAACUCAUUCAUGGGAAUAUUUUGGGUGAUACUAAUGAAAGUUUGGAUUCAGCUAAUGAAGCUUCUGAGUCUGUUCAGGUCGAUGACAAUAAUGUUGAAGUUCCAUUUUCUGGUAAUGAAAUUUUAGGAUCUUCACAAUCUCAAGAUUCUUCACAAUACUUGCCACAGUCUGCCUCUCAAAUAUCUCAAAAUCAUGUUGAUGAGGUUGUCGGUGCUCCUAAUAUUGGACCAAACUCUUUUGUGUCUACAAAUUAUGGAACUGCACAACAACUUGCUGCAAAUGUAAGGUUUAAUUUAAACAACGCAAGGAACUCAAUUCAAAUGCCAACUUCCCAUAGUCAGCAAGUUCAUCCUCCAACUUGCAACUGCAACUAUGAAAAUUACCACAAUCUCCUUAAUCGCAUGCAGUCAAGUUAUAAUCACUUCCAGAAUGAAAUGAGUGAAAUUUUUGAGCAAUUUAAAGCUGCAGAAUCAUCAAAAGGAAGUAGAACUGACUCAUAUUCAUCUCCAUCUAUUCAUGCUGAUAUGGAUUUUAAUGUGGUAUGUAAAGAUGUCAAUACACUAGCAUCCAGACCUGACUUACUAGCAGUUUGUCACGAAUUAAGCUCAGCACCACAAAAUUAUCCACAAUCACAUCAAAGUUCAGGAAAUGAAUUGUACAAGAAUGACUUCUUAAGCUACCAAGACUACAUCAGAAUGAUCAGUAAUGUGAAUGCAAAUCCAAAAACUUUAGUGAAUUAUGGAUCAAACUUUCCAAUAGUCGCAGCCCCAAAUCCAAUGAAUUCAAGUCCUACAAAUGAGGAAACAAGCAAUACAGUGAAAUUGAUUAAGGAGUAUGUUAGAGACUUACCUGAUGAAGAACCGCAAGUAGCAGCAGAAAAUCCUGAAAUUAGUGAAGUUGAGGAAGUGAAGGAACAAGUAGAACAUGUAGAUGUAAAAUUUAGCGGUAAUUGCUCAAAUCCAACUGAUUCACCGCAGCCCAUAGAAACAACUCAACCACCACCAAGUAGAUUUUUGGGAGCUCUUGGACCUGACAGAACUCAACAAUUAUUCAGAGCAACAUUUACUGAACCGUAUCUAGGAGCUGUACAGCAAGAAAACAACAAGCUAUGGAACAAUGAUGCACUCAUGGGAAGAAUCAUGGGACAAGUUGAAGACACCUACUUGGACUUUGUAAAGCACAAUGAAAACUUACCACGAAUUCAAGACAUUCGCGUUAUUACAUAAAACCUGGAUUUUUUUUGAUGACUCAAUAAUUGACACCUGACAUGACUUAAUACAGAAAUGCUGCAUUUCCUUUUUUAAUUUUUUAUACUUUUUUAUUUUUGUAGCAAAAUUAUGCAAUAAAUUAUAGGUACAAAUUGUUUGUAGCAAAAUUUAAUCACUUCUAUCUCUUGACAAUCUUUGCAAAAUUUUCAGGUACUUCCAAAAAUAUAAAAAAAAAAAUGAAAAUUCAAAAAAAAUUGCCAAAAGUCAAAAUCUCAAAAAAAACUUAAUUUCCAUUCUCAAUAUCCAUAAAGUCACUGAAAAUGAAUUAAUUUUUGCUGAUUAUCGGAAUAGUAAGCUCGUGAAUUCUCUAUAGCCAUUUCGAAUCGAAUCAACUGCAUUGUCAACGACACUUGUUGCCUCUCCAGCUGGUUGUGUGUUUUGAAUUGCACCGCCAAAAUUUUGAAGUGUGUCACCUAGUGCUGAAUAAACUGCUUGUGGACUCACUGAUGUGACCUGGAUUUUUAUUAAAAUGGAAAUAAAUAAUAAAAAUUUUUUUUUUUGCUAAGUUUUGGGUCGUAAAAGUUGUGAUAUAAAUGGAUAUCCAUAAAAAAUGCGUGAUGAAAGAUGUCUGCGACUUUAAUUUUGAUUUACAAAUGGCACUGCUUGGAUAAGAUUAGCACAGAUUCACACAAUUAAAAAACUUUUAAUGUAAUUUUUCUUAAAGACUCAAUUUCACUUAUCACGUACCCAAAGAUUUUAAAUUUCAGAACGUCAUUUAUCAACGAUCCCCAACUUCCAAAAAAAAUUUAUAGCUUAGGGGCCGUUCACUUAUUACGUUCACAUUUUAG